CGGAAUACUGCGCAGUACGGAGGAGCACUGUGGUAGGUUAUUGCCCCUGUCCCUGUCCUGCAGCUUCAGUGACAGGCCCGAUUCGCCAAAAACCAUUGAUUGCCCCUGGACAAGGUCCAGAGACCUCCAAUGCAUCUGCAAGCACUUUCGCAAGCACGCCAACCCCUCGCGAUAAGAACCAGGUCUUCCAAGACAGGCCGUUUCAGAAACUCUGCUUUUGCAGCCUGCAGAUCCGCGCAGCGAUUUGUGCCUGGACUCUGUUUGUUGGCAACCGGGAUGACCAACACACACUGCUCAGCCAUUUCGGCCGUCUCUCAACCCCUCCUCUCUGCGCGUUUCUGUGCCUGGCGCUACUCUGCGGAGCUACACUACGCCCAUCCACUAGUGUGCUUGGAGCUCAACACCACCUUGACACGCCCCUUUCCAGUCUGGGUCGUGAUGGUGUUUGGUGACCACCCAGCCAAGUCAUGGUGUGUGUGGGGGUGGGUUCGAGCACAUGGGGGGUAUGUUUGCCGACUGCCUCCCUUUCAACGAGAUAUUUUAAGAUGGCUCGGCUUGCCACAGCUCUCACCGGCACCUUUGUGAAUCCAUCUUCGACUCCAGAAGUGGAACUUUAGUCGCGGGAGGCUUCUCUCUCCGUCUGAGUUACUUCUUGUCCCUCGUUCCCUCUCUUUCAGUCCAAGGCCUUUGUGCCCAGAUCUGAUGCAUGUCAAGCAUCUCGGGUAGUACGGUCUGUCCGCCCGAGUUGGUCUCAUAACGUUGGUCUCCCCUUUCACUUUGUCUUGAUCGCUACUCUCUAUCUUCCUCCGUCCUGCUCUGUCCGCAAAGAGGCACGUCCGAGCCCGAGCUUGCCCGAUGAAUAGCUAGCCUGGAGCAUGCUUCUCUCUCCUAUCCCCUCGUCCGGCCUCC